AUGCCUAAUCUGCAGACCUUUGUUCUCUACGCCUCUGCGCCGUUUGCGGCCUCUGCAAACCCAUGGAAGGUGGCAUUUAUCCUCGAAGAACUUGAACUUCCAUAUCGAUUCGAGAAAAUCAACGAAACAGAUAAGAAACAGCAACCUUUUCUCUCAUUGAAUCCCAACGGCAAAGUGCCAGUGCUGAGAGACCCAAAUAAUAACAAUAUAACAAUAUGGGAGUCUGGCGCAAUCAUCGACUAUCUUAUUGAUGUUUAUGACAUCCAACAUACGCUUCACUACGCUUCCGGCGCAGAAAAAUACUUGACGCGCUGCUGGGAGCAUUUUCAGAUGAGUGGCCAAGGACCAUACUUUGGACAGAUGGUUUGGUAUACCACUUUCCACCACGAGACGCUCCUGUCUGUUAUAGAGCGCUAUGGUAAUGAGAUUAAGCGUUUUUUGGGAGUCAUUGACGCGCAUCUUGGAAGCCAGGGCACAGAAUAUUUGAUAGGAGACCGUGUCACCUACGCAGACAUCAUGUUCCUACCGUACUGCAAGGGCUUGGCUACUAUCAUUUACCCAGAACUAGAUACAUCUCAGUGGAAGAAUUAUACUGCUUGGAUUGAUCGCAUUUCAUCAAGACCAGCCAUUGCGCGCGCCCUUAAAAUAAUGGACGCCGCAGUGCUGCAGCAUAAAGAGUAUAUUGCAUCGGUCGUUGCACAGAAAUAG